AUGGAACACCUUGGAGCGCACCUUGCAUUUAGGUCACGUUGGCAAAACACAGAUGAAGAACUCUGCAGGCACAGCACGUCCCUUGUUCUUCACAAGACCAUAAGAAAUGAUUUCUUUGCGAGCUAUCUCUAUUUGUUAGAAAAAUAUCCACUAGUGAAACUAUUUGCUAUGACAAGCGAAGUGAUUGAUGGGGAGAUUCAGUUUUAUGUUAGAGCACAAAACUUCUACAAGGAUGUCCCUGCAACAGAAGAAGGAAUGAUGGGGGAUUUUGCUGACCUCUCCAAAAUCGAAAUAGAAUCAUCCAGAGAAUUUCUGAGGAAAUUUGUUGGGGGACCCGGAAAAGCUGGUAAAGACUGUGCUCUUGAUUGUGGUUCGGGCAUUGGUAGAGUGAGUAAACAUGUUCUUUUACCAGUUUUCAAUAAUAUUGAGCUGGUGGACAUGACAGAGCCUUUCUUAGAAGAAGCCCAGAACUAUCUGGAAGAAGAAGCAGACAAGGUGGAAACUCUUUAUUGCUACUGUCUGCAAGACUUCAUUCCUACCCCAAAAAAGUAUGAUGUGAUCUGGAUGCAGUGGGUUUCAGGUCACCUGACUGACAGAGAUCUUUUGAUAACCCUCCUACGCUGCAAAAAUGCUUUGAAAGAAAAUGGUGUCAUAAUAAUAAAAGAUAAUGUAGCCAGGCAAGGUUGUCGGCUGGAUCCUGAUGACAGCAGUGUGAUUAGAGACAUAAACGUAUUGAGAAACAUCAUUGAGAGAGCAGGGAUGUCCAUCCUUGCAGUAGAGAGACAAAGAGGUUUUCCAGAACUUUGCGUUCCAAUAUGGAUGAUUGCAAUCCAGUAG